AUGGUUAAAGACAACGCGCCUAAGGCCGGCCUCCCGGCUAAUUUCCUCUGGGGAUUUGCUACUGCAGCGUACCAAAUUGAAGGCGGUGCUACAGCAGAUGGUCGUGGUCCUUCGAUAUGGGAUACUUUCUGCAAAAUCCCGGGCAAGAUUGCUGAUGGUAGUUCUGGAGAUGUCGCCUGUGAUUCUUACCACCGAACCGAUCAGGAUAUUGAGUUAUUGAAGAAGCUCGGUGCCAGAGCAUAUCGAUUUUCAGUUUCUUGGUCUCGAGUCAUCCCACUCGGUGGUCGAAAUGAUCCUGUCAAUGAAGCCGGUCUCCAAUACUACGUCAAAUUUGUUGAUGAUCUCCUAGCCGCUGGCAUUGUACCCUUCAUCACACUCUUUCACUGGGAUCUUCCCGAUGAGCUUGACAAGCGCUAUGGAGGUUUCUUGAACAAGGAGGAAUUCGUUGCCGACUUCGCAAACUAUGCCCGCGUCAUGUUUGACGCCCUGGGUGACAAGGUCAAGCAUUGGAUCACCUUUAACGAACCCUUUUGCAGCGCUGUUCUUGGAUAUAAUGUCGGUGCCUUUGCUCCAGGCCAUUCCAGUGACCGGAAGAAGAGUGCACUUGGUGAUGGAACCACUGAGCCUUGGAUUGUGGGACACAACAUUCUGAUCGCACAUGGCAAAGCCGUCAAAAUCUAUCGUGAUGACUACAAGUCCAAGAUUGAUGGUGAAAUCGGCAUUACGCUGAAUGGUGACUGGACAGAACCUUAUGACCCUCAUUCGGAAGCUGAUAGAUUGGCAUGCGACCGCAAGAUCGAGUUCGCUAUCUGCUGGUUUGGUGACCCAGUGUACUUUGGACAUUACCCCGAGUCUAUGGUCAAGCAACUGGGAGACCGGCUACCUACAUUCACCGAGGAAGAGAAGGAGCUCGUCAAAGGCUCCAACGACUUCUACGGCAUGAAUCAUUACUGCGCCAACUACAUCAAAAACAAGGAGACCGAUCCUGACCCAGAGGAUGUCAGCGGAAACCUUGACGUCCUGUUUGAAGACAAGAACGGCAACAGCAUCGGCCCAGUGACACAAAGUCCCUGGCUACGACCCCAUGCACCAGGUUUCCGCAAAUUGAUGAAAUGGCUGAGUGACCGAUACGGUGGACCCAAGAUCUACGUGACUGAAAACGGAACGAGUAUCAAGGGGGAGAACGACUUACCCAUGGAGGAGAUCCUCGAAGACGACUUCCGUGUCGAGUACUUCCGAGGAUACAUUACGUCCAUGGCCGAAGCCGUUGCUGAGGAUGGUAUCAACUGCCAAGGAUACAUGGCAUGGAGUCUGAUGGACAACUUCGAGUGGGCCGAAGGAUACGAGACGAGGUUCGGUGUCACAUACGUCGACUACGCCAAUGGUCAAAAGAGAUACCCCAAGAAGAGUGCAUUGGAGCUGAAGAACAUCUUUGACCAAUAUAUCGGCAAGGUCUAG